AUCGGGUGUCGGUGACGAAGGAUAGAGUGAUGGAAAGAUGAGAAGGAUUUUGGUGUAUUUCAUCAUUUUUUGAAGGUUAUGCUGAAGCGUUCCAUUGAAGGUGUCCACAGAAGUCUAUCAUUGAAUCAUUAGGAUGAAGUUUAUCCAUUAUUCUAGUUUUCUUCAUCUUUUUGUGUUAUGCCUCCUCUUCACAAUUCUGGCCAUAUUCAUUGUGAUGACUGGAACUUUUGGACCAGGUAUAUGGCAGAAUUUUGACCCAUAUGCAUCAUAUGGAAAAUGGCCAACCAUAAUAAUGUACAUCAUGAGAGUUCUGACAUUAGUACCACUGCCUCUGUCUAUAUGUAACUUUCUCGGAAUAGUUAUGUUCAACACAUUCCCAGAAAAACCGAAAGUGAAAUCAUCCACACUUUUUGGACCAUUUCUGUGCUUUAGAGUUGUUACACGUGGCACUUUUCCUGAACUUGUCAGGAAGAAUGUGAGCCGUAAUAUAGCCAUAUGUUCAGAGCUUGGCCUUGACAACUUCAUCUUUGAAGUAGUGACUGACACUGCGAUUAGCCUUGCUAAAUCAUCUCGUACUCGUGAAAUAGUUGUACCUGUGCAGUAUCAAUCCUUGAAAGGAUGUUUGUACAAAGCCCGUGCUCUCCAGUAUUGCCUUGAGGACAAUGUCAAUGUUUUAUCAGACAAUGACUGGAUCAUUCAUUUAGAUGAGGAAACACUUCUGACAGAGGCAUGUGUUAUAGGAAUUAUCAAUUUCAUAAAUGAGGGACAAUACAGUUUUGGUCAGGGUGUUAUCACCUAUGCCAAUGAAGAGAUUGUUUGUUGGAUAACAACUAUUGCCGAUUUAAUCCGUGUUGGUGUUGACUAUGGAAUCCUCCGAUAUACUCUUAAAUAUUUACACAAACCCUUAUUUAGCUGGAAAGGAAGUUAUGUGGUAGCAAAUGUUGGUGCAGAAAGAAAGAUAACCUUUGAUUUUGGAUCUGAAGGCAGCAUCGCUGAGGACUGUUUCUUUGCAUUGAGUGCAUGGGCAGAGGGAUACAAGUUUGGAUUCAUUGAGGGUGAAAUGUGGGAAAAAAGUACAUUUUCUUGCAUGGAUUUCAUUCGUCAGCGGAAGCGUUGGGUACAAGGCAUCAUAAUGGUUCUUCUUAGUGGUCAGAUUCCCACCAGGAAAAAGUUUGGUAUCUCUGUUAUGGUUCUCAGUUGGCUGGUGAUGCCAGUCACUGUGCCAAACCUUGUCCUUGUGCCAUUGUGCCCCCUGCCCAUGCCCAACAUCAUUAACUUCCUGUGUGGCUUUAUGGGUGGAGUUAUGAUGUUCCUUUUUAUAUUUGGAGCAGUAAAAUCCUUUAAUUAUCGCAGGACUGGACUGGCAAAGUUUCUCUUCCUGUGUAUCUGUCCCAUUUUACUGAUGCCUGUUUGUGUUGUGAUGGAAACAUGUGGAGUGACAUGGGCUCUGAUUUCACAGAAACAAGGCGGAUUCCACAUUGUCAAAAAGGAGACGACCCCUUCUCGUAUGGAAGUGUAACUAAAUGUCAUACUUACUGUUACCACCAACCACAUGUUGUUCUAUCCUGUGUAGCUGUGACAGAAUCUCAUAUUGUACGUGUGGUUUGCCAAGCUAUGACUUUGCAGCAUUUUAUAAUGUCAUAUGUUUCAGUGGCCAUAUCUAUAUAAAUAUAUGUAUCACAUCCUUAUGUUCAUUCCUGUUUUUGAACAGCGUUCAUUAUUUCUGUAAACAUGUAUUGGAGAAUUUGAAAUUUCCCUGCUUCUAUCACAUCAGAUAUUUCCUGUUUGUGGAAGCCAACAAUUUCUUGAAUUUAAAAUCAUCUUGAAGCAGUAGCUACAUGAACAAUUACAUUGCAGCAUGUUGUUGAUUAGCAGGGUUUUUAAUUCAGUAUAGUGCCCUAAUUUUUGUGUGAUGUAGGAGGGUUUUAAUUCCUUAUAUUGCCCAGAUUUUAGUGAGCACUUAUAUAGCAGGGUUUUAAUUCCUUAUAUUGCCCAGAUUUUAGUGAGCAUGUGUAUAGCAGGGUUUUAGUUCAGUAUAUUGCCCAGAUUUUAGUGAACACGUAUAUAGCAGGGUUUUAGUUCAGUAUAUUGCCCAGAUUUUAGUGAACACGUAUAUAGCAGGGUUUUAUUUCAGUAUAUUGCCCAGAUUUUAGUGAGCACGUAUAUAGCAGGGUUUUAUUUCAGUAUAUUGUCCUGAUUUUUCUGAGUACUAAUAUUACAGGGUUUUAAUUCAGUACAUUGCCCAGAUUUUUAUGAGUACUGAUGAUGAAUUCAGUAUAUUGCCCAUGGUUAGAUUUUUUAUAUAGCAUGAUAUAGUGGUGUUAACUCUGGUGUACUUGCCAGAUUUUUAGGUCAGAAUGACCUGUUGCCUUUGUGUUUUGUCUGUUGUGGGCUGUCUGGGUGUAAACUUUCCAUUCAAAUGACUUAUUCUCAAUAACCAGAAGGCUCAGUGUACCGAUAGUGGGCCUGUAACAUUAAAGGAAUGAAGGGCUACUAAAUCUGUUAAUAUAAAUGACCUGGACCUACUUUCAAGGUCACAGGAGUAAAAUGUGUUGAAAUAUUUUUAACAUCUUCUCAAUUUUCAAAAGGUCCUGAUAUUGGUCCUGUAGAGUGCUGGGAUGAAGGGCUACCAAGUUUAUUCACCAUGACUUACUGUCAAGGUCACAGGGGUCAAAUGUGUUGAAAUGCAUAAGCAACUUCUUUCUCAAUAACCAAAAGACCUAGGGUCUUGAUAUUGGGCCUGUAACAUGCUGUUUUAGCAUGCAAUAUUUUUAGAUUAAAGGCAUACGUCUAGUGCAUGUAUAAAGAAUAUGAUUUCAAGUUUGCAGAAAAUGUCUUUAUGAAGUAACCAAUGCCCUCUAUGUAAGCUAUAUUGUAGUUGAGCAGUUUAUUUUAGACCUAUGUGGCCUUUUUCAUAUAUAAGUCUUUAGAGUCCGAUGACCCUUAAGGCUUAUGGGCCUGUUGUUGUGAGUACUGAUAGAGCAGUGUAUUGUCCAGAUUUGAGUGAAUACUGAUAUAGCUGGAUGUUAAUACAUUAUAUUGUCUAGUUUUUUUAGUACUGAUAUAGCAGGAUGUUAACCACAUUAUGUUGCCCAAUUUUUAGUCAGUACUGAUAUAGCAGGAUGUUAACCACAUCAUGUUGCCCAAUUUUUAGUUAGUACUGAUAUAGCAGGAUGUUGGCUCAUUAUGCUGCCCAGUUUUGUGAAUACUGAGUGUUAACUCAUUAUAUAGAGAAUAUAUGGUCAGUGUCAAUAAAUAUAAGUUUUAUUUUGGCGAGGGUGAAGAAAGACACAAAUAGCGAGCCUUUUUGUCACGAGCCAAAAUGCAGAUUAUAUUUUUAGACGUUAACCAUGUUUUCUAUUUAUCCUGCAACACUGAUUGAAAAUCAGACCAUCAAAAAUUCAACAAUUUCCUUGUUCAACCUUUGUUUACCUGAUGUUAACAUCACACUGAAUUUUGCCUGAUGAUGUACACCAAAAUAAUUUCUCUGCUCAGAUAUAACAGUGAUUUUAUGAACUUGUUUAUUGCAACAUAUAAAACUGUUAAUUUCAAAAGUUAUUAUAUUGUUAAAUGUAAUAUUUAAGUGAAUUCAGAAAUGACAGCACUAGUUGCAGGAUAAAUAGUGUUAUGCUUAAACCUUUGGUAUUCUUUGUCAUACAUUUUACUUCAGUGUCCCUUGUUGUUCUUCAUUUGAUACUAUUUUGUUAAUUCAUGGGGUAUUGGGUAUGGUGAAGUAAGUGAAAGUUUUAUCCAUGGAAAUAAUGAUGUGCUAAAGAAAGAACUGUAAUCAAAAGCUUUGUGGUGUCAUGAUAUAUUUAAUGGGUAGACUUGACAGUGAUAUGAAGGACCAGCUCAUAAACAACUGAUUUGUUAUUUCACGAUUUCAUUGACACCUUACUUUUACAGUAAAAAGACACACAAGUGAAUAGCACCUUUCAAAAUGAAUUCAGAGUUAGAUACAGAGUCAAAUAAUGACUAAACAAUAAAUAAAUAAUAAAGUACAUCAUACAGCUGUUCAUACUUCAUAACACAUAUAAUGUAUGCUGAAUUUUUUUGUCUCUUCACUGAAGAAUUAUGGGAAUACAACAGUGUCUACCUAUGUGAUGUGUAGGGAAAGCAUACACAUUUAAAAGAUUUUUAACAAUUUCUCGAUAAUCAAAUAGACCAGGGUGCUGAUAUUUUGCCUGUAACAUGAUAGGAUGAGGGGCUACCAAGUUUGUUAAUAUGAAUUACUUUGAGUUGCUUUCAAGGUCACAGGGGUAAAUUAUGUUUAAAGCUUUAAAAGACAUCUCAAUAACCAAAAGUUCUAUGAAGUCCCUUUGGGUGUCUAGAAAAUGAUAAGAUGAACAAAUCAAAAUACAUCAGUAUUGUGUAUCUCCAAUAGCUAUUUAGUAAUAUAUAUUUUCCUGUAUGGUGUAUUUUGACCAAUUCUGCUCGCAAAUUAGGAAUGGAGGGAGAUAAUAUCAAAAAUUAAAAUCUCAAAUAAGCCAUAAGUUUUCUUAAAUAAAGUUGGAAUUGAAAAUGAA